AUGAACGUAGUAAAACGUGAAGAACAAAACGAAAAAAAAAAAAAAACAACUAAAAGAAAACAAAGACAUACUUUCUCCAGUGAAUCUACACUGUCAAAGACAAUGUCUGAAAAACAAUUCAAUAUAGACUUAGAGCUCAACCAGGGCGAUCACAUUGAUCCAUUUAUUCAAGAUGAAGAUAAACUUAAACUAGAGGAACUUAUACCGAGAAUAUUAAUUGAACGGAAAUCAUUUUUGAAUGUGACUGAAGCAUCAUUACAACAAGAAAUUGAAAAUUCAAACGAAGAAGCACAAGUCGCGACAGAAAUAGACACAUCAGCUAUUGAUGUACCGUUAGAAGAAGACGAGGACCAACAAGAAGUAUUCAACAAACAAAAAUUCGAACUAUCCAAGAAUAUCAACUAUGCACUUAAUGAAACACAGCUUUCACUUGAUUUUAUCAGUUUGUUGAUAGCAUCUGUGAAGCCCAACUUGGCCAAAUCUACAAUUUCACCUCAUUUAUCAAAAUUUGUGAAACCAACAUCUUUAAAUUCCGACAGAUUAGGACAAGAAGGGACUGAGGAUAGUAAUAAUAACAACAAUUCACAAAGUUCAAAUGUGGGACAAGGCUGGAAAUUAGAAUCGUUGAACAAAAUUACUGAUUUAUUUAGAGAAGCAAGUGUUAAUUUGAAUGACCAAGUUAUUAAGGAAAGACGAUACUGGAAUAUGAUCAAUUUGGUAUUAGCAAAUGGAGAAGCUUUGUUUAGAAUGAGAGAUCCUGAGAAUAAUGCCAGAGCAAUUGGUGUGAAAUAUGGGUAUGGUGAUUCAGGAUCGAACUAUCAUGAUCAAGGGUUGGCCUUAUUAAGAAAAGACAACCAAACUGGAGAGGUCUCCUUCCACCCCAUUACAUCGUUAAAUAAUGCAAAGAUUGUUGGAAAGAUAAACAAGUUUAUCAGAGUUAAAAUUUUAAGUCAAAUUGAUGGAGAUUAUAUGCUUACUGGACAAUCAGUUUUCCAAUUUGAUUUCAAAUCAAGCAAACAAAACAUCAUAAAUGAUAUUGAAAAGGCUAGAUUUUUUCUAUUUGAAGAAGAUUUGUUUUAUCAAUUGAUCCGUGAGGCGAAAUUACUUGUCAAUUACAAUGUAUCCAUAAUUUCAAACAAGAUAAUUAUUGAAAUUAACAAUACUAUCAUUGAAAUUGAGUCUAUCAUUUAUGAUGAAUUAAACGAAGAGGAAUUAGAAAAUUACUACCAGAAUAUCAGUGAAUAUUCUUCAUUGAACAACAAGAAAUGUCAGUUGAUCUUGAACUAUUUAAAACUUAUGCUUUGCUGUUAUUAUCAAUACAAUCUAAAAUUAAAACAAAAGGUUCCAACAUCUUUGACUAAAUGGAAGCAGAGCAACUCACAUCCAUUGAUUUUACGUCCAUUAGUCGGAAACAUGAGACAUGAAUUGAAUUUGAGCAACAUGGAAAGCAUUUUGAGGACAUUGGCUGCCAAGUUUGGUGAAAAGCUCAAAAAGAGCAAACUAAAUGUUGACAAGUUUACAAACUUGGCAGUUAGGUCCAGAAAAUCAAACCCUUUCCAAAAAUCUAUUGAGAAACCAGUAUCCAAGUUCUCAUUGGUAUUAGAGAAUGGAUCGGCACAAAUAAUGGUUGUCAAUGUAACUUUAACCACCAAUGAAUUGUUUGUAAACUUGAUAAUACAUUUGAGACUUAUUAGAUUUAAUACUGUGGAAGAUUUUGAAGGUAACGUUAAUGGUGUCAACGUGUUGCAACUUGGAUUUAGUGACUUCAAUGAAAUAGAAGAGUGUUUGGAUUGGUCAAUACAAAACUUUGUAUAG